AUGACCAACACUAUUAUCAACUACAUCAACUACAUCACUACCAUCAUCGUCAAUCAAGAAUACAUCAUUCAAGCAGGCAUCAGCUUCUUUCGAUUGCCUGUUCGGAUGCCUUUGAUCGUCACUCAAACCGUUCGAGAAACCAUCGCAGCCGGUUUGGUUUGUGCGACGGCGCUCUUGUUACUUUGGUACAUGGCGCUCGACCUAUACCGAAGCUAUCAAGGACUUUGCGAGCAACGGAGCUGCAACCGACAACAGCCUCCUGUUUCCAUUCUUCGUCGUCCAGGAGGAGGGUCGUCUCAUCGCAAGAAAAACCGAAGUUGGUUUGGUGUGUUCACCAGAAAACCAAACCGUGUCCGUUUUGCCAAAAUCUUUCGUCGAACCUUUGUCCCAAACAAGCAAGAGCUACAAUCUCGCAGGGAAUGCUGGGGUCUGAUUCAAUGGCGCAUUCAACUUCACGACAAAGUAAUUCCAGAGAUAGAGAACACAGUGAGAUUCGUUCCACAUACGCCUGUGUCCAUUCUUUGUCCUUCAAGAAAAGAUUGGGGAUCACCCAAACCAACCUCAUCAAACAGAGUCCAAUUUGCCCCUAAGACUCGAAGGAGAAACUUUAUUCCCGACGAGGAAGAGCUGAAGUCCCGAAGACAGCUAAUUCAUCAAAUUGACUGCAAGGUCAAGAGACGGAAUGCCCAACGCUUGAUGAUCGAUUUCAAACCUACCGUGCUUGCCACCAUUAUCGAAGAUCCAGCAGACGAAGAUUUGAGUGACAUUGACUCGUCUUUGGAUACUGGAUUUAUUGAUGGCAAUGUCGACUCUGAAACCAUUGCAAUUGCGCUCGAGAACCACCGACAACUGCUUCGAACCGUCCUUGAUGACAUGCUCUCCAAUAUUCCCGUACCAAUGGAUUUGGAUGAUGACGGCAACAUCGAGCCCAAUGACAUGCAAGACGAAGCACCACGAUUGUCACUCAAGAGAACUGCAACUUGCUCCCUUGUUUCCUCCCGGCCCACCAAGCGUCGCAAAUUGAAUUCAUCUACGGUUCCAACUUCUGCUACAGAAUGGGCCGAAAGAAUCAAUGAACGAUUCACUCCUUUGCUACCUGUCAUCAUUGAAGAUCCAGAAGAAGAAGACAUCAUCAUGAGUACUUUUGACUCGUCUUUGGAUGCUGGAUUGAUUGAUGACAACAGCGACUCUGACGUUGAAAGCUUCGCCAAAGGAGACGACGAGGUUUUCUUCCCCAUGAACGACGAGGAACAGGAUUGGGACAGUCUGGAAUAUGUAGACUGCAACAGUCUGGAACACGCUCCACCUACAUCUACGCCAACUACAGCACCUGUUUCCAUUCUUCGUCCUACAAGAAAAGAUUGGAAAUCACCGAGAACCACCAAUCGUGUCAGUUUCACCCUGACCAAUCGGAGAAGAAACUUCAUGCCAGACCCGGAAGAUAUUCAAUCCAGAAAGAAUCGAAUUCGAGACAUUUACAGUCAGAUCAGAUAUCAUGAACUAUGCAAGUGUUUUGAAGAACGAGUGCUUCCCCAGCUGCACAGUACUGUGAUGGCCAAGGGGAAGGCCAAGAGAAAGGCCAAGAAAAAGGCCAAGAAAAAGGUCAAUCGAAAGAUUGAUUUCAAACCUACCCUUCCUGUCAUUACUGAAGAUCCAGAAGAAGAAGACAAGAACCACUUUGACUCGUCUUUGGAUGCUGGAUUAAUUGAUGAAGACAUUGAUUCGGAAGGUCCAAGCUUUGCACUUGCGCUUGAGAAUCACCACCAAAUGCUUCGCACAACCGUCCUUCCUGAUAUGCUCUCCAAUAUUCCCGUACCAAUGGAUUUGGAUGAUGACGACAACGUCGAGCCCAAUGACAUGCAAGAUGAAGCACCACAACUGUCACUCAAGAGAACCGCAACUUACUGCCUUGUUGCAUCCAGGCCCACCAAGCGUCGCAAAUUGAAUUCAUCUUCGGUUCCAACUUCUGCUACAGAAUGGGCCAAACAAAUCAAUGAACGAUUCACUCCUUUGCUACCUGUCAUUUUUGAAGAUCCAGAAGAAGAAGAAGAACAAGACAACUUUAGCGAUAUUGAAUCGUCUUUGGAUGCUGGAUUGAUUGAUGACGGCAUUGAUUCUGCCGAGGAUCCUUUGGAGGAUACUAUCAUCGAUGACAACAUUCCGGUACCACCACCAGAGGAAUCUGACAACGCAGCUACUAUUGAUAUUCCUUCUGAUGGGAUGGGAUCGGGAUGGACCGAGUCUGGAAAGCGCUACAGCCUUCGACGGGCCAAGCUUCUGAUUCCACAUGCAGAGGAUACUUUCACCGAAGCUUUGGGAUCUGGCAUGACGGAACAAGGAAGACGAUACAGUCGCCGAGUGGCAAAUCGACGAAACUGUGCCAAUUAA